AUGAUUCUCACAGACAGCAAUCCAUUUAACCUUACAUCUAUCUCUGCCCUCCCCGACUUGAACAUUACUACCUUCCUCCCACCGAACCCAACCUUACCAAUCCGCCCCGACUUCUCCAUAUGCGACAGCUUUUACGGCUCAAAUCUGCUUCUCGACGAUGCCACUUCCGCAAUCGCAAAACUGCGCACGGGCGCCGACCCAGUCCACUACUUGAUAAACCAACCCAGCGCGCUCUUCAACCUUCCAUUCACAGUGCAACACAAUCUCGUAGCUAUCAGCGUCGAGCCUGCUGGCCCUUUCCGAGCCUCUGCCGUACUUUCCAUUGCCCUUCGUCCUAAUCUCAUCCGCAGCCUGGCAGGACACCUGAUGUCGGAAUGCGUUGCAUCUUAUGGCAUCGGCGGGUACGCUACGCUCGAAAUAUUGUCUCUCCUCACUUAUGUGACUUUUGAGAAUGUCAACAUUCAGUCGAUCCCGUACCCGGGAUUCACAGUCUUCGCCACAGUAACCAUUGGAAGUAGGUACAGAUAUAUGCCACCACCGGGCGAUUACGACCCUAAGAUCGCAGCGGCAUUGGCGGAAGCUGAGGGGAGAGCAGAAGCCGCUGCCCCGUCUAGUGAGAAACGUGUGUUUGCUGAGAGAAAGUCGAAGUUUGCGGCACGCGCGGCAACGAUGAGAGUCUUCCUUACCACAUGGUGGGAUUUCCUGAGGGCUUCAAGUAAUGAGAAGGGAACGAGAAUCAAGGACGGAUGA